GCCGUUGAUCUUCCUCUACUAAACAACUCACUGGUAUUUUUCUUAGUAUGUUAGGCUCUUUGAUAACGUUACGAUCAUUGGCUCCAUCUGUACCUGCUGUGGUUCUGAUUGGAUCUGGUCCAAAUUACUUAUGGCUUUGGUUUUGUAUUAGAGUUCUUACAUUACCUCUGCCAAAAAGAUGGUACCACAAACUUGAACAGUUCUUAUGUUGGGGACCUUAUCAGAGAAUGUGCAUGUUUUUCAUGGAAGGGCUCAGUGGUGUUAAAUUCAAAGUUUAUGGCGAUGUUCCAACUAAGAAAGACCCUGUGAAUGCAUUGUUGGUGUCAAAUCAUCAGUGUGUCUCAGACUGGAUUGUAAUUGACAGUUUUGCUAUGCGUCUUGGCAAUGCAGGUUACAUACACUUCUUUGCCAAGAACGCUCUCAAAUAUGUUCCUCUGUUUGGUAUCUACUGGCACCAACAUGGCUUAAUAUUUGUUAAACGUGGUCGUUCCAUCCUCUGUGACCUAGAGAUUGGUCAUGGUAACAACAAUUUGGAGUUCAUCAGAAAGCAACUAAAAUCAAAGAAGAAGAAUAAUAUACCUAUGAUGAUGACACUCUUUCCAGAGGGCACCAGGUUUAAUCCAAACAACAAGUCAGCGGUUGACAAAAGUAAUGCCUUUGCUCGGAGUAUCGAUUUUCCAACCUGCACCAAAGUUCUUACCCCUCGUAUAACCGGAGCUAACAUCUUCGUGGAGGAACUCGGUGAUCACUUAAAGAAGAUAUUCGACAUAACAAUAGCAUAUGAAGGCACAACUGGUGAAAUGUUACGUCCAGACACACUCGAGUUUCUUGACAACGUCAAAACAGUUCAUGUACACUUCAAGCAGAAAACGAUAAACGAAGCAAGAGAAAAUGAGGGCUGGUUAUUCGAUUCUUUCAAAGACAAGGAACGAAUGUUGGUUGAGUUUGAGAAAACUAACUCCUUCCCCAAUCCUGCAGUGACUAACAAUAUCUACAGUUGGUCAGUAUACAAGGAAACACUCAUCCCGGUUCUCUACACUCUACUGCUGUGCAGUCCACUAGCAUUCAGUAAAAGAGCUCGAAUGGCAUGGCUUCAGACUGUCCUUAUUGUCCCUGUACUGCAAUUACUUGCUAAACCCUUCUGGAAGUAAAAAUUGAAGAAGACAAUGUCAUGCUGAGCAAUGGAGUGUCUUUUUUGUGAUGGAGAAAGGGUCAAGUGUUCAACAAAAGUAAAAAAUCAACAUUAAUUGUUAUUUGUUUAUUGGUACUGUACUUGAUUUUGGUGAUUAUAUUGAUAUUAUAUUCGUGUUCCUACGUGACCCAAAAAUUAAGUCAUUAUGAAUGAUCCACAGAAUUUUAUAGUCAAACUCAAACAGUUAGCUAUUCAUGAUUUUGUUGGUGACACGAACUUUCUCUUUUAUUUAAUUUAUUAAGUUAUUCCUAUAGCUUUUUUACAGUAACUAACAGUAAAUUUCAUGCCGUAAAUCUUCAUAUAUAUGAUGCACUGCUGAGUGCUGCUGUUCAGAAGUGCUCCAUAGUUAGGGAGGCUUUUUAUUUUUUUCAUUAAUUUAUAAGCAUUUUUAAACAUCCUUUUUAUUGUUUAUUAAAAGUGCUAAUUGUUACAGGUUUACUGCACAAAGUGACAGAACUGUAAAUGUCAUUGUAAUUUAAUUUUGUUUGAUAACACUACUUA